CUUGAUCUCACCACUGUAUAUUGGGACGCGAGGAAGAAAUGGAGGGCGAAGAAGAAUUCGGAGCUCAGAGAGAGAGAGAGAUGUCGUCCUCUUCGUCAUCGGCAGCCAAGGCCACCAUCAGCAACCGGACCGCUUUCGAGAUCCUCUCCAGGCUGCCGGAGAAGUCCGUCCUCCGAUUCAAGUGUGUCUGCAGGCAGUGGCUCGCCCUGGCCUCCGAUCCUCUCUUCCUCGACGCCCACACCCGCCGCAACCCCCUCACCGUCUCCGGCUUCCUCAUCCAUGAAAUCGGAUCGGGCCGCCUCUCCUCCUACUCCGUCGACGGCGGCGCCUCGGCAGUCCUCCCCGACCCCUCACUCUCCUACCUCGACCACCUAUUCGCUGAAAGCUGUGGCUUCGCGGUCUGCCAGUCGUGCAACGGCCUGCUUCUCUGCAGAAGCCGCUCGCCGCUUCUGUCGUCGAGCCAAUUCCUCGUCAAUCCCACCACCAUGCAGUACAGGCAAAUCCCCAACCCUCCGACUGACGUAUAUCCAUUCAAAUACCAGUUCAUGCUUGCUUUCGAUCCUUCCACAUCCCUCCGGUAUCGAAUUGCCUGCCUCUGCUCCAACAACACGCCCCCUGCGUUCGAUCUCGGAGCUCCUCCGUUUCACGUCGAGAUAUACUCGUCGGAAACCGGUGCAUGGGAGCUCUCGAGGGUGCUUGUGCCGGGCGGUAGAAUUACUCAGAAUGGUGUUUACUGGAAUGCCGCACUGAACUGGGUCACCGAAAAUGGUCUCCUUGUCUCCUUUGAUGUUGACCGGCAACUGGUGAGGACCAUCCGCCUGCCGCUACGGGAUCCCUGCGGCGUGAUGCUUUACCUCGGAGAGUCUCGCGGCCACCUGCACUUGAUUGAGACUGCGGCCAACGUUGGUAGAGGUAAUUUUAACUGGCUGCAUUUUUAUGUUUUUGAGAUGCGAAAAGACAAUGCGAGCUGGUCAACAUUAUACAAUGUUGAUCUCAAUGAUGUGAGGGCUGAGUACCCUCAGACUAAGGCGCCGCCUCCUGAUAGGAUUUCUCUUGGGAUAUUAUCGGACUUGGGUAUCUACGCAGUUCCUGUGUUUUUUGCUCGAGGAGGAGAAGGGGAAGAUAACGAGCUGUAUUUUACCUAUCCCCCGAAUAUUUUCUGUUGUAACUUUGGAGAUAGGACCUUCUACAAAAUUUGUGCCAUGAAGCCGUGCGCCCCAACGAGUCUGCUCAAUUUACCCAUGACCAUCCACUUCUUCCCAUUUGCUCACAGUCUCUUCUCUCCACGAUCUCCGUCAGUUUGGUUAGUUGAUUCUCAGAUAUCGAUACGUUCGGCGGUAUCCUGGAUUGUCAACUUCAUACAUUUUGGAUACUUGUGUUGAGGAAACUACUUACACUUUGGUUUACAUAGACUGGUGUCCUUUUUUCGCCUUCUGUUUUCUUUUUUGUAAGUUUCAGCUACUAUCUCAUGGAGAACUAGUUACAUGAUUGGCAUUCUGAGCAGCUUACAUGGAAUUUCUGAUGUCUGCUAUCUUGCUGAAAGUUUGUUGUUUCUGUCUCAAAUGUUCAUGUGCACUUAGCUCUUGCGCGAUUUUACGGGCUCAUAUCAUGAUUCAUAAUUCAUCUUUACUGAGAUUUUAUUGUAUGUUAGUGAUCUUGAUAGAACUGAUCAUGGAAAAAUCACAAGGGGAAAAUGAAGUGUGGAAAAAAUCUA